AUGGAAAAUCGGCGAACAGAAGGUAACCUGGAACCAAAUGAUUCUCAUGAAGACGAUGACGACAACGACAAUAACGACACUGGACCUACCACUUCAACACCUAUUCCUGAUCGGAAAAAGAGGACUAAUGUAUCGAAACCAGACGAGUUGGACGAAGCAUUAAAUCAACCGGUUGGUGAAGAUACAAAUUUUGCUUUAUCUCUUGUCCCAUCACUCCAGAAAUUAAACGCAGAAGAAAAACUCGAUGCUAAAAUUUUUUAUUCUUAA